AUGGCGACUCUUUCUCUCCAUAUGGUACACCCUCAGGUCUCUCUUUGGCGACAAGCGCAGCGAUGGCAGCAUGGUUCAUUCAGCUGCCAGUUCAGGCAUCCCGGAAGACUGCAAGCGAGCUACAGGGGGCUUGAGGCCAUGCAUGAUGAUGGGUAUGGGACAGUCAAGGACCUGGACUACUACUACCACGCACUUGGGGAGCUGGUGGAGCAUGACAGUGGGCCGCCCCGAUGGUUCUGCCCCGUCGAUGCUGGCUCGUCGGUCGAGGAUGCUCCACUCAUGCUGUAUUUGCCGGGGGUAGAUGGAAUGGGGAUGGGGCUCUGUAUGCACCAUAAGGCUCUUGGAAGGAUAUUUGAACUUAGAUGCAUGCACAUUCCUUUUCAUGACCGCACGCCAUUCGAAGAACUUGUCACUAUGGUAGAAGAUGUUGUUAGAGCAGAACAUUCCAUUUCUCCUAAUAAGCCCAUCUAUCUAUUGGGGAAUUCGUUUGGGGGAUGCUUAGCUCUAGCAGUUGCUGCCCGGCAUCCCCGUAUUAAUUUGAUACUGGUACUAGUCAAUCCAGGUAUGCCAGAAAAUUUGAUGCUAUGUUUUGUGAACCUUCCUAUUUAUGAAAUAGUUCUGAUAACUUUGUUUUAUCUCUAUUUUCCUCCUGGAAAAGCUACAUCAUAUGAGAGGUCAGACAUAAAAACCCUUCUGUCGGUUUUCAGCCCGUUGUCGGACCGCGCCUGCAUUGCAAUUACAGCUCUACUGAAUUACAACAUCGACAAUGAAGUGAACAUGGCACUCAGUAGAAUGAAAAGUGGCAAGCAUCCUUUAGAAGCACUCAGCAGAUUGACAAAUAACUUGUCAUCGUCCCUGAAGCAUUCGGUCUGUACCAUCGUCUUCUUUGAAUCUUGUUUUUAUAACAUACUGGACAAACUACCAGAAGACACACUAAGAUGGAAAAUGAAUCUGAUCAAACGGGCUGCUUCAUAUGCUAAUUGCCGUGUACAAUCAGUUACAGCUGAGGUACUACUACUAGCCAGCGGCGCCGACAGGUUACUUCCAAGCAAAUCUGAAGCCGACAGGCUACAGAAGAAACUACCUAAAUGCAAAGUUUUCUUCUUUGAGAACCAUGGGCACAGCUUACUGUUGGAGCAUGGUGUUCAUGUCUCAUCCAUCAUUAAGUGUGCUGGUCUCUACCGCCACUCGAGCCGCUAUCACCGGGUUUUUGACUACAUCCCGCCAUCCACGACCGAGCUAAGGGAAGUCGACAAAGCUAGCAGCGACCUCACGUUCAGAACGUCUCCGGCAAUGUUCUCGACGAUGGAGGAUGGCACGGUGGUCCGUGGCCUCGCCGGGGUGCCCGAUGACGGGCCGGUGCUUCUGGUGGGCAACCACAUGCUGCUGGGGAUCGAGCUCAUCUCGCUUGCUGCGGAGUUCAUGCGGCAGAAGAAGGCCGUUGUCCGUGGGAUCGCGCACCCACUGCUGUUCCCGAACAAGGCAAGGACGUGGUCGGAGGGCCAUGACUUCUUUGACUUCCUAAUUCUGUGGGGAGGCGUGCCCAUGACCUACAAGUACAUAUACGAGUUGCUGGCUGCUGGGGAGUUCGUUCUACUAUACCCAGGUGGUUACAGGGAGGCACUCCACUGUAAGGGUGAAGAGCACAGGAUCUUUUGGCCAGACAGGACUGAAUUUGUUAGGAUGGCAGCGCAGUUCAAUGCCACAAUCGUGCCAUUUGGAGUCGUUGGAGAGGAUGAUCUAUUAAAUCUGCUUUGUACAUUCGACGACAUCAGGAGCGCACCCUUUGGCAAGGAAAUCAUGCGCGCCUACAGCAACCAUCUCAAGCUAAGGGAUGCUGAUCACGAGGUGAUAUUUCCGGGCGUAUAUCUGAAAAUCCCGGGCCGGUUCUACUACCGAUUUGGGAAACCUAUCCCGACGAAAGGAAGACAAGACGUCCUGACUGAUCGGCAUGCCGCAGCACGUCUCUACACGCACGUUAAAUCGGAGGUGGAAGGCAUAAUCUCGUAUCUGCUGGAGAAAAGGGAGGAGGACAAGUACAGGAAGCUCUUUCCGAGGCUCUUGUAUAAAGCUGCUCGGGGGGCCAACACUGAAGUUCCAGCGUUCGAUCCUUAAAAUAGUAGUACCAGUGCUCAUACUCCACUACACUGAUUCUUAGAUGCAUUACGCCAGAGAUGUAUGGCUACGAACAUCGACAGACGGU